UUUUGUUUCUUUGGUUCUUUUCCUUCUCAUCUUUGACAUUGAUGCAUCACGAAUGCCGUUCACCUGUUUGAUGAAAUGCCCCGUCCACAAACAAGUCGUCGCUUUGCGGUAUACUCCAUUACUAAAUCUACUGCGUUCAUGAAUUGAGAUAUAUCAUCAUCUUUGAUUCACCGCUCUCAUGGCGAUUCCACUACCACUACUCCGUCGUUCCAAAUCCAAACUAUUAGUAUUGCUACUACCACCACCACCCGUUCUCUCAUUUUCCCACUCUUUCUCCAACAUCUCCUCCUCCCCCGACCCCGCCGCGAUCUUCGCCCUUAUCUCCCGCCACCGCUGGUCCCGCCUCCAAACCCUAACCGGCGCCGCCACCGCCGCCGCCGCCGACGACCUCCUCCGCCGCCUCCUCUCCCUCCCCGACUCCGAUCCCCUCCUCCUCCUCCGCCUCUCCCGCUGGUCCCGCCGCCGCUUCCUCCGCCCUACCCCUCUUCACCUCCACUCCCGCCUCCUCCUCCUCCUCGCCGACCGCAAGCUCUACUCCCGCCUUCGCUCCGAACUCCACCUCCUCGCCGCCUCCCGUGCCCAUUCACCUUCCUCCCUCCUCCACUCCCUCUCCUCCUCCCUGCUCCGCCACGAUCGCCUCGCCCUCCUCGCCGACAUGCUCGUCCUCGCCCUCGUCAGAACCUCCCAAACCUCCUCCGCCUUCGAAGCCUUCCGCCGCUCCGCCGACUAUGGCUGCCGCCUCUCCGUCCUCUCCGUAAACCCCUUACUAAGCGCUUUGAUCGAUGAAGGAGAGAUUGAUGGGGUGGAGACGGUCUACAAGGAGAUGAUGCGGAGAAAGAUCGGCCCGAAUUUGAUCACCUUUAAUACCGCAAUCAACGGCCUUUGUAAAUCCGGGAAGCUUCGUAGGGCGGAGGAUCUCAUCAAGGAUAUGAGGACUUGGGGGUUUGUGCCGUCUGUUAUCACUUACAAUACCUUAAUUGAUGGAUAUUGCAAGAAGGGCCGGGUGGGGAAGAUGUUCAAGGCCGAUGCUCUUCUAAGGGAGAUGGUGAGCUGGGGAUUACGCCCGAAUUUGGUUACUUUUAAUACGUUGAUCGAUGGAUAUUGCAAGGACGGGAAUAGCUCUUCUGCAAUGAGGUUCUUUGAUGAGAUGAAGCGGCAAGGGUUGUGUCCGAAUGUGAUCACCUAUAAUUCAUUGAUCAGCGGGCUCUGUGGUGAAGGGAAAAUGGAUGAAGCGCUUGGAUUGAUGAAAGAGAUUGAGGGCUUCAAUGCGGUGCCCAAUGUGAUUACUUUUAAUGGACUCAUUAAUGGUUUCUGCAAGAAGGGGAUGCUCGUAGAAGCAAACGGUUUGCUUGAUGAUAUGAUGAAGAGGAAAAUUGAGCCCAGUGUGGUUACCUACAAUACUUUGAUCGACGGGUAUUGCCGGUGUGGUGUGAUCAAGGAUGCUGUUGAACUAAAGCGAGUGAUGGGAGAGAAAGGGAUUAGUCCCAAUGUCUCGACUUACAACUGUUUGAUAUUGGGCUUCUGUAGGAAGGGUGACAUGAAGAGUGCUGCAAAGCUUUUGGACGAGAUGGGAGAGAAGGGUAUCAGAGCUGAUCUUGUAACUUAUAAUGUUCUUAUCAGUGCCUUGUGCCAAAUAGGGGAAUUGGGGAAGGCUGUGAAGCUUGUAGAUGAAAUGUUUGAUGUUGGUCUUCAACCCAGUCAUGUAACUUACAACACUUUGAUUGAUGGGUAUUGUAAGAAAGGGAAUAUUAGGGGGGCAUUGAACAUGAGGGCAAGGAUGGAGAAGGGCAAAAAGCAUGCGAAUGUGGUGACUUAUAAUGUGCUGAUCAAGUAUUUCUGCAGGAAAGGGAAGUUGGCGGAAGCUAAUGAGCUUUUGAAUGAGAUGCUGGAGAAAGGGUUGGUUCCAAAUAGAAUUACCUAUGAGAUAAUUAAGGAUGGAAUGGUGGAAAAAGGGUAUGUUCCUGAUAUAAAAGGAUAUCACUCUAAUGACGCUUCUUAAAACUUAAACUUCAAUGAAUAUGGUGAUGG